UCCGCCCCCUCCCCGCCCCCUGGGGCCCAGGCCUCCAGGCUCCAGAACGCGGCCUUGCGGAACAAUGGGUUGCCAUGGCGACCGACGAGGCCUGGCCGCUGCCCCGAGCCUGCCCCUGCCGGCCCUGGCCCAGGCAGAGGGGGGUGGCGAGCGAGCGGCUGCCCCGGGACCAACCAUGCUAAGCCACAGUCCAGGCAUAAUGAACAUUGGAACUAUUGACGUCUAUUUGAACAAGUUAGGAACCAACCUCCAGACCAUGGUGUACAGUGAGGAGGAGCAGGAGAAUGAAGCCUGGAAGAUGUACAUGGCAAGGAAAAAUGUUGUGCUGGAAUUCCUGCAUUCCGACUUGAGCCUCCAUCUGCUCAAACGCCAUCACAAGAGGAUCGAGCUUCUGAAAAAAUGCUCCUAUUACAUUGAAAUCCUGCCUAAGCACUUGGCACUGGGAGAUCAGAACCAUCUGAUGCUCCCUACCACCAUGUUCCAACUGAUAGACCCCUGGAGGUUCCAGAGGAUGAAGAAAGUGGGGACAAUCCAAACCAAAAUCCAGCUGCUGCUCCUGUCUGACCUGCUGGAACAGCUAGAGAGAGGUCGGGAGGAGCUGGUCCACUUCCUAGAGACCUAUGAUAUGAUGACUUUCCUCUCCAGGUGGGACCUUGUCAAAAAAAGGUUGUCCAGUCUCUCUGAGCAGAUGGAUAACUUCCUUGCUAUGCUGGUACCUGGAAGGUUGUACGUCAAGCACCGUCUGGUAUCAGAUGUUGGGGUUACCAAAGUCCCACACAUCAGGCUCGUCCUUAGCACAAAAAUGCCAGUUAUGUUUGAUCGGAAGGAGUCAGUGGCACACGAGGACUGGGUGAGUCUCAAGUGGUUUGUCACUAGCCAGCAGCCGCAGCUCGAGCAGUAUGAACUGCGUUUUAAGCUGUUGGAGCCCAGGACUCCCCAAGAGAGAGUCCACUGUGGAAUAAUGCCCGUCACCUCCAACACAUGCGAAAUCCGCAACCUGCUGUCCGACCAUUUGUAUAGAUUCACGGUCAAAAGAGCAGAGACUUACACCCUUGUCUAUGAACAGUGGUAUGACUCCAUCACACUUAAGACAAAACCAUACCUUGAGGACGGCAUGGAGAGCUCCAUGUCCGAACCCUGACUUUCCCAUCUUAGCAAUUCACAAGGAAUGUAAAAUAAGUCAAAUUAAAAGCUUAUUUUUAAAGGUU